CUAGAGAAAGAGAAACCGUCUUCACUUUCACUGUCUGCAACUUGCACAAGUAGCACAGCUACUUCUCCUUUUUCAGAUUCUUGUCUGAGCAACUUUCACAUCAAGAUGCCGAUCAACAAAGACCCAUCAACACCUCCGCCUGUCAUCGGCAAAAUCGGACCUUACACUGUCUUCAUGACUCCUCCUGCGACUCCAAAACCACCUGAAUCUCCUUCCACUGUCUCCCAAAAGCCUAUCGUUUCACCGCCUGUUCUUCCUCCGCCGCAGCAGUUUAAAUCUGUGGCUUCCUCUGAGCAGGACAGCUCGGUUUUGGGGUUCUUCAAAAACGCGGUCACAAAGGUUCAAAGUGCACAUUCAAGUGUGGAUGAUCAUUUGGUGAGGUGGUUUGGGUUAAACCAAUCUAAGUACCAGUGGGCUUUGGACGAGUACUACGAAGGCAAAGGAUCUGAAAUGAAGAGCGUGAAAGCCAAGGAGAUGCCUGGGAAAGCACAAAGCGUAUAAAUCCACUUCCUCUCCCUUUGGCCAAUCUACAAAACUUGUUUUUACUGAGAGAUUUUUUAAAAAAAAGCUGGAGUCUUGAUGAAAGUUCUCUUCAGAUGAUAAAUUAUUGAAUCCAUUUAGCCUUAGAGAUCUGUUUUGGUAUGUUUGAGAAGCUAUGUUGCUCUUUGUAGUCUUCAUUUAACAAUGGUUAAAUCUCCAAAGGAAAAUGGAGUUGCAUUGAUCAUUUGGUUUGCUGUAAGUUUAAUCACAUUAUUUUAUUUUUAAUCUUAUCUUACGUAUGUUGUCUCAAUUCAAAACAAUUUUUUUCUAUCACAG